GCAGGUGAAGGAGCAGCACUGCGUGGUGGUCUUGGUUUAGGGGUGUUAAUUACCAGUAGAUGAUCCUGAAAGUAUCAUUGCUGUGAGUGACAAGAACAAAACUGUUCUUCUGGUAGCAUCCACAGAAUCGGAGGUCACCCUAAAACAGGCUUUGGAUAGCUCCGGCACUGGGGAGUUUGUAGCCUUCGCCUUUCUUAUGUCUCAAAUGUUCUUAGGCUGGUAAGGAUUAAUGGAGGUCUCCAGCCUUGGCUCGGGCUAUUUGGAUUCCUUUAGCAAUUCUGAAGUGAAAAGCAGGUCCCUCAGACCACUAGUUUUCAUUGUUUAGGAGCCAAAGGUAUUUUUAUUUUAAGGCUGCAGUUGGAAGAGGUUAAGCAAGCUUUGCAUCCGAGUUGAGUCUGGUGAUAUUUUCAGAGUGAUGAUGUGACGAAGAGUUUUGGGGACAAUUUGUUGCUUUAUCUAUGAAUGUAGGAGUUAGGACUGGCUGUUCUGAAAUGGGUGAUUUAGCAAGACUUGGAGAUCAUUCCCCAACGUAAUAGAUGUUCACAUUGAAGUGCUGCACUGCAAUCAUUUAAGAGCUUCUAUCUUCUCACACUAGGCCUGCUGCCUUAACUGGAGAUCUCUGACACGUUGCCUUCCCUUAAUUACUUUUCCCAUUAUUCUCUUUGACUCAGAUUACUUGUAUUAUUUUCAUGCUUGAUUUUUUCCCCCUUGCUUCCUUUCUAGUGCUUUGCUAACAGGAGCAAAUCAAAGUAGACAGUUGUAUAUCAGGUCCUCCAGUGGGCAGACAUAGUGAGGUUAUGAAUACUUCAGAUCUGUGUUAUUAAACAACAGGCUCCCUGUUGUCAUACUAAAAUGGACUUAGCCCUGUCCUGCUGAUUACUCUUGUCCCUGCUCCAUGCUCUUUAAUUUUUUAUGCUCAUCUUCUGGAAUCAGCUGUGCAAUACUUCUUAAAACAAGAAUUUUAAACUUUAACGUAAGUGUAGUGCACUUGAAUGAACCCCACUUAAUUUCUCUGGAGACUUAUGUCAUCACUUAUUCAAAAAGGCACAGUACAGGCAAUGUACAGCUUCAAAUACAGGAUUAUGGGAAUCUUAUUCUUGUCUAUUACAUCCUAUUCUGCAAAGAAAGAAUACAGUAAAGAUUAAAAGAGCAGCAAAAAUGGGGAGGGCUAGGAAACCUAAGAGAAAACCCUUCAUAAUCCUUUAAAAGAGUGUGGAUGUUGUCUCUGGUGGCCUAGUAACAAUGAUUUUGUCCUCGGAGCAUUUUUGUUGCAGAGGUGUCUUUAGGUAGGAAGUGGCUGAAAGAGAAUGGGAAGCUGCUGAUGUGGGAUUUUAUUGGGAAAAAAAAAAUCUAGCACAGGGAAAUGAUUUCUUUCUUCUCUUAAAAAGAAUCAAUAUCAGGAGAGACUGAAAAGAGAAUGGAGAAAAAGCUGAUGGAAAUGAUCAAGGGAAGGGAGUUGAGAUGGGAAAGAUCUAUAUGAUUCAUAUAGAGAAACGAUUGAUUUUAUUUAUUUUUACAGUUAAUAGGCUGUUUUUGCUAGGUGGACUGUAACAAUGUUCAUACAGUGUUUUAAACAGGGUGAGACAUUUUCAUGAGGAAAAACUUCCAGGUUGCUUCCUCAAUAUGUUUAAAUGGUGUCUUACCUUGUGCUUGCGUAGAAGUCAGAGGCAUUGCAGUUGGCACCAUUUUUGACAGAGUUCACACCAUAAUUGUUCCUGUGACUGGAGUUUAAAGGUAGCCUUAAGCAAGCUGAGUGGGAUCUGCUAAUAAACUAUGUAAGAUCCAUCUGUCUAUGUGUGCCUGCUCUUCCUUGGGAGAUGUCUAAUGUUUCCAGUUAUGCCCUUCGAAUGGCCCGGCUGAGUGCUCAGAUAUUCGGAGAAGUUGUCAGGCCAACUGACUCGAAAUCAAUGAAAGUAGUGAAGUUAUUCAGUGAGCAGCCUUUGGCCAAGCAGAAGGAGGUCUACAGCUGGUAUCCACCUCACAACACCUACUAUGCCCUCAUGAAGAAACUCCGUUACUUUGGUCUCUACAGGGAUGAGCAUCAGGACUUUAAAGAGGAGAUGAGGCGAUUGAAAAAGCUCCGUGGGAAGGAAAAACCAAAGAAGGGGGAAGGAAAGAGAGCUCUCAAGAAGAAAUAGUACCACUUGGGCAAUAUAAUGAACUACUCUGGAAAUGCUGGAGAACAGCUGUAACCCAGGCUUUCUGUUCCCAGCUGGAGAGGGCUUGGCAUGUGAGCUGUGUGUGGGGCACAAGAAACUGAAAUACUGGAGUCCAUCUUGGGAGUGCACUUGGG